AUGGCGUCAAGCGCGGCGGACAAGUCGCCAUCCUCCGACGCCGCAGUCUCUGUCACCCAGUCCCCGGACGCGGAACCGAAGCCGGCACCCAAAUUAUCGGACCACGACUUUAAAAUCUACAACCAACUGGCCGUCCGCAUGGACUAUUUCCACGAAAACUUCCGCCGCACCUGGAACCUCCUCUGGACGUACGCCACCACCGGCAAGCGCCAGGGCGGCCUCUCCCUCGCGCAGCUCGUCCGCGCGGGCCUCGAGUUCGGCGAGCACCUGACGCUGCAUCACGGCAUCGAGGAGCGGCACAUGUUCCCGGUGCUGGCGCGGCGCAUGCCCGCGUUCGACCGGCGGCGCGGCGAGCUGGUCAAGCAGCACGCGGCCAUCCACGCGGGGCUCGAGGGGCUGCAGGCGUACCUGGAGGCGACGCGGCGCGGGGACGAGGUGCUGGAGGCCGGCGCGCUGAAGGAGAGGAUGGAGUCGUGGGGAACGGUGCUGUGGGAGCACCUGGACGAGGAGGUGCGGACACUGGGGGCGGAGAACAUGGCCAAGUACUGGACGAAGGAGGAGGUGAUGACGAUGCGGUGGUGA